ACUGCUGAAUUAUUGGAGAAUAAACCAAAGAAGACUUUAGAAGAGAUGCGCUCUUUAGACCGACAUCAUAUUGUGGAUUGCUAUGGUAUUUCAUCUGAAUUACUAACCGAAGACUUCAUCUCAAAAUAUGGGAAUUUCAAUCACAUGAAAUGGUUUAGAGCUUAUAGGCAACUACGAGAUGCUA